AAAUGCAAUGAUUUUUAAUUACCACUGGUCCCUGAGGAAAUGCCAUUGUUGAGUGAAUAUCGGUGGUCGCAUCAAUCGUCAAUUGGGCCAACGGCAGCAAACAGCAUCCAAAGUUGUCAGCUCAGUUACGGUAUCUUGUUAGAUGUCGAAAAAAAACCCAUAAUCUUUAGCAGACGCGUCUUUGCGUCCAGUCAAAAGCAAACAUACAAAUCCCAACACAAAUAUCGACUAACGCCUUCCUUGUCAUUAUCGCUUGCAUCCUUGAAACAGGGUCAAUCGCUGUUAAUAAUUCGGCCAAAGCUCUUGAAGAACAUUUACCACAGCACAAGUCGCAUUUGUUCUACUGUUAGCCGCCGGAGAGCCCCUCUCUACAACAUGCCGCCUAAACAGUCUACAGCAACGGGCUCCAAGCCUCGUGGUCGGCCACCCUCCAAGACCGGGACAAAAAGCCACGCCGGCGACGCCACGACCAAGAAGACAUCUGCUGCACACAAGUCAAGAAGCAAGCUCGUCGAUGAGGACGAGCCGGAGGAUGACGAGCCGAUACGAGGAAACAAUUCGUCGGACGUCGAGAUGGUUGGAGUUACAGACAAGGAGAAGGACCAGGACGUAGACGAGUUUGCCUCGGACGGCGAGGACGAGCAGCCUAAGAGGAUACCGCCCGAGCUGCUCCGCAGACUUCUGCACGAGGCCUUUGACAAAGACACGACGCGCGUGUCCAAGGAAGCCAACGCGGCCGUGGCGAGGUACUUUGACAUAUUUGUUCAAGAGGCCAUCGCGCGGACGGCGGCUGAGAGGAAUGGGAGGUUUUUGGAGGUUGAGGACCUGGAAAAGGUUGCGCCGCAGCUUUUACUAGACCUCUGAGAAAUUCCGGAGCCUACUCGGUUCUAUAGAUUUUACAUGUAGUGCGUUCAGCAGAUGCCUUUCUGAAGAUCACCUGUUACCUAGAUACAGGAGGAUCUUGGAGAACAUGCAGAGCAUGGACCUCUUUGCGGCCAGCCUUGAGAGCCCUCUAUUCGCUUAACAGUAGGUUGGGACCAGCUACCUUCACUCCUGGUCACAGUUUGAAUAUCCUUUUGGGCUUUUUGUUACGCUACUUGUAGGACAAAACUGAAGCGCUACAACGCGUCCGUCUCCCUACAUGUGUACAUGUGGGGACCUACCACCAAAAGGCGUACAGUUACAGUACAAUAUGAAUGAAUCAGAACCAAUCUCAAUUAUCAAGGAUACGGCCAUA